GAUUCAUUAGGUCAACUGCAUGCACUACUAGUACCUAGAUGACAGACGUCGUUCUUGAUACAUCGCGAAGCGAGUAUCCAUGAGCUUCAGUUUUUCAUCUUCCUCUUUUCCACCACCACCUUCUUCUAUUCCUAUCCACGACCUCGUUGUUGGUGAAAACCGAAAGUUUUUGACAGCUCCUGUGACUUACAAUUAGGGCGAUCAUCAUAGAGGUAGAGCAGGGCAAAAAUCCCAGAUCCACGCACUCCUUGC